CCCGCGUUUAAAUCAUUCAAUCCAACAAGCAAACUACUUUCACAAUGUACAUAAAUACCCCACUUUUGGUCAUUUGACCCCUUCAUUACCAUAUAUACCACCACUACCAAUUCUUCCAUCAUUACUAUAUCUGCGUAUAUUCUCUAUCAAUACACGAACUACAUAUAUUAUGGACUGCUUGGUUAUGCCAGUUUCGGUUCUAGUGAGGCGAUGCUCCGGGAGGUACUUGAGCUCGAGACUAGGCUACCGGUCCUUGGACGAUGAUGCUAUGCUAUCCGAUGGUGAAUUGGUAACGGUGGUGGUUGGAAGAGAAAGAAGGCAAUUCUUGGUGGAUCCAUUUGUGUUACAAGAGAGCCCGUUUCGAGUUUUGAUUGAGUUGGCUAUGCAAGGUCAUCACAAACAUGAUCAUAAGAAUAAGAGGGAGUUGGAGAAUUAUAUGGAUGGUAUUAUAACAAAUAAGUCUUCUACAAAAAGGGUGAUUUUUGUUGAUGUGGAUGCUAUAUUGUUUGAGCAUAUGCUUUGGUUGAUGUAUAAUGAUUGCUCCUCUUUUUUCAAGCUUAAUGUUAUGGAGAUUAUAGAAUUUUAUGCUCAAGAUUAUUAAUAUAUAUAUGUAUGUAGAUUAACUGUAUGGAUAUACUUGUAUGAUAUAUACUCAACUACUUAACUUGGGGUAGGCAGGUUUAAUCUCAAGUUUGAUUAAUCUUGAGAAUAUUAUUGAAUCACUUGUGAUUAAUAUUUCUUGUCAUAAUUGUGUAUACCUUGUGAUUAAAUAAAAACAAGUAUUGAUCGUUUGAAAUUUUAG